AUGGCGGUUGCCAUAGCAGCGUUUUACAACACAGACAGAGCGCGUGAAGAAGGAUACAGCACAGCCGCUCGCUCCCCCUGUUCUGUAACACAGUUUAAAGUCUACGAAGAAGAUUACCUCCACUCCAAAGUCACGUCAAUGGAUGCAUAUGACUUAAAAAACAGGGAGUUGGCCCGUAAGCUGGUGGAGCACGGCCACAAGGGCACGGUCCUGAGCAGGGAGGAAUUUGAGGAGAAGAAAGCAGCUGCACAGGCUCCAGAGGCUGUGAAGAGCAACACUUUCUACAGCAGGAGCCAACCAAUGACACUGGCAAGUGCAGGAAAAGAACUCAAAGAUAACUUCCUGAAAGCCCUGGCAGAGCGAGAGGAGGCCAACCGCAGUGGGAAAAUGACUUCAGUCAUUUUCAUAAGGGAUCAUAAUACUCUUGGACAGGAAGUAUCUGGCUAUAUAGACUACGCCCACAGACUCAAGACCCAAGAUUUUGAACCAUAUUUCAGCGGAAAGAAGAGGCUCAUGCCAGGACGCUCGGAUUUAUGCUACUACAAUUGGAAAACACAGGUGUCCACAUCUAAUUCGAGUCCUAACUUUGAGGUGAUUUAUGACGACCCUAACGGCCUUCUCUUUAAGAACAAGAGGGACAAGAAGAUCCUGAAUGUGGACCCCUUGUCUGGUUCCGGUGAGGACUCCAACAGGAUGUUCCUACAGUCGGACCUCUACAUCCAUGUCGUCGUCUACGACCACAACAUCAGGACGGUCUAAGUUUCAGCGGCUGCUGCCGACACAUUCAUACAUAUGGCACAUAUUGGAGUUUACUGGAAGCCUCUAAUUUGAGUGAGUUGCUGUAGUUGCACCAUCAUUUACAAACGGUUUCCCUCAUAUCAUGCAUGCCAUCUGGGUGGAGGUGCUGCAGUGAAAAAAUGACUUUAAACUGAAGAAUCCCAAAGGAAGAAGUUGAUGGACUGGUGUGACAGCCUGGAAGUUUCCUUGCAAA